GCAACGUUUACAUUAUGACCAGAGAGAAGAAAGGUUCCUCCGUGCAGGAAAGAAUCGAGAGGUUCUUCAAGAAGGACGUGUUCGACAAGUUGCGUGCUAUGAAUCCAACGUUUACUGAUAAGGUGAUUCCGAUUCACGGUGAUUUGUACCAGCCUGACUUGGGUCUUUCGGCAGAGGAUCGUGAACGUUUGGUGAAGAACGUGAACAUAAUCAUUCACAACGCGUCAAUGGUGUACUUCGAGGCGAAGGUGUCUGUUCUUUUGCGAAUAAACGUGCUCGGAACGCAGAAGAUGCUCGAGCUGGCGGCUGAAUGCCCGAAUUUGAACGCGUUCGUGUACGUGUCGACCGCGUACUCUCAUCAUUACAUGAACCCGAUCGAAGAAAAGUUUUACGCGCCCCCGUGCGGUUUGAAGAUGAUCGAGGACAUCAUACGAGCCGAUGAGGAGAACGCUGCCGGACUUUCGAAGGAAGCUCUUAACGAUAUUAUAGGGAAAUGGUUGAAUCAGUACGCGUUCAGCAAAGCCGUCACCGAGGGUGUAGUCGAGGAUUUUGCUAAGCGGAGUUCGCUCCCAUGCAUCAUCUACAGGCCUUCUAUAAUUAUACAUGCAAUGCGAGAACCUUAUCGUGGAUGGAUAGAAACAAAGAAUGGUCCCGUGAUAUUGCUGGCACUGCAGGCUUUCGGCUUGUUGCACGUAGUGCCUAUGGGACCGGGUGUAAUAUCAGACUAUGUUCCAGUCGACCUGGCGACUAACGGCCUUUUGUCAGCGAUCUGGGACUACGCUGUCCACAGGGAAUCGAACGAGCCACAAGUGUACAAUUGUGGAUCGUCUGACUGGAAUCCUCUGAGUUUUCAUACAUACUGUCCAAAUUAUAUCAAAUCAAUUGAGAAGUAUCCGUCAUCAAAGAUUGCCUGGUAUCCAUUCAUGUUCUUAGUUGGGAAUAUUUACAUAUUUUUCGUACUGCACGUGCUAUUCCACGUGUUCCCUGCAAUCGUUGCUGAUGUGGUCCUAAUGAUCCAGCGGAAGAAACCAAACAAUUCGAAAAAGAGCGAUGGCCAGAUACGGAAUUUCUACGCCGGGAAGCACAUAUUCCUCACGGGGUGCACCGGUUUCUACGGCAGCUUCAUCUUGGAGAAGCUCUUGAGAACGUGCACCGAAAUUGGCAACGUUUACAUUAUGACCAGAGAGAAGAAAGGUUUCUCCGUGCAGGAAAGAAUGGAGAGGUUCUUCAAAAAGGACGUGAGUAAAUUGUACUCGCAAUAG